AUGGUACUUUCAAUAGAAGAAGUUAGUAAACAUAAUAAUAGAAAAGAUUGUUGGGUAAUAGUUCAUGAUAAAGCUUAUGAUUUAACUGAAUUUAUGCCAGAACAUCCAGGUGGUGAAGCUAUAAUAUUAAAAUAUGGUGGUAAAGAUGCAACAAAAGUUUUUGAUCCAGUUCAUCCACCAGAUACUUUAACAAAAUAUUUAAAACCUGAAUUUCAUAAAGGAGAAGUUGAAAAAAGAAAAAUUCAACCAAAAAAGAAACAACAAACUAAAACAACUGUUGUUAAACAAGAAGAAUCUUCAACUUCAACAAAUGGUAGAAAAAUUGUUGAUGAAUUUGAUGUUGAAUAUGAUGAACAAGAUGAUAUGGAUCCAAUACCUACAGAAGGACAAAUUCAAGUUUCUACAACAGUAGAAUCUCAAGAAGAAGAAGAUGAAGAAUUAUUAUAUGAUGAAAAUGGAGAUCCAAAUCCACCAGAAGAAAUUCAAAGAUUGAAAAAUGUUCGUAAUAAACCAGAUUUAGGACAAAUUUAUAAUUUAAAUGAUUUUGAAUAUGUUGCAAGAAAUACAAUGGAAAAAACCGCAUGGGGUUAUUAUAGUUCAGGAUGUGAAGAUGAAAUAACAAUGAGAGAAAAUCAUGAUGCUUAUCAUAGAAUAUUUUUUGAACCAAGAGUUAUGGUUGAUGUUACAAAUAUUGACUUUUCAACUACUAUGUUAGGUACUACCACUUCAGUACCAUUUUAUAUAACUGCAACUGCAUUAGGUAGAUUAGGUCAUCCAGAUGGUGAAAAAGUUUUAACUAGAGCAGGAGCAAAAGAAGAUGUUAUACAAAUGAUUCCUACAUUAGCAAGUUGUUCAUUUGAUGAAAUUGUAGAUCAAGCUACAGAUAAACAAACUCAAUGGUUUCAAUUAUAUGUAAAUGCAGAUAAAGAAAUAUCAAAAAAAUUAGUUCAACAUGCUGAAAAAAGAGGUUGUAAAGGUUUAUUUAUAACAGUUGAUGCACCUCAAUUAGGUAGAAGAGAAAAAGAUAUGAGAUCAAAAGAUAUUGAAGAUGUUAGUAAUGUUCAAGGUGAUGAAGAAAGUGAUCGUUCUCAAGGUGCUGCAAGAGCUAUCUCAUCUUUUAUUGAUACUUCAUUAAAUUGGAAAGAUAUUGAAUUUUUUAGAUCAAUUACUAAAAUGCCAAUAUUAUUGAAAGGUAUACAAUGUGUAAAAGAUGCAAUAUUAGCAGCAGAAUAUGGAUUAGAUGGUAUAGUAAUAAGUAAUCAUGGAGGUAGACAAUUAGAAUAUGCAAAAGCUCCCAUUGAAAUUCUUAUGGAAACAAUGCCAGUAUUAAGAAAAAAGGGAUUAGAUAAAAAUUUCGAAGUUUAUAUUGAUGGAGGAGUAAGAAGAGCAACUGAUAUAUUAAAAGCCAUUUGUUUAGGUGCAAAAGGUGUUGGAAUUGGUAGACCAUUCUUAUAUGCAAUGUCAACAUAUGGAGAUGAAGGUGUUCGAAAAGCUAUACAAAUUUUAAAAGAUGAAAUGACAAUGAAUAUGAGAUUAUUAGGUGUUACUUCUUUAGAUCAAUUAAAUGAAGAAUAUUUAGAUAUAAAUGCAUUUAGUUCAAGAUUUGUACCUGAAGAUAAAUUAUUUAGAAAAGUUUAUCAACCAUUAACUAAUCCACCAUUUAAAAAUAAUAGUAAAUUAUAG